UAUGCUUAUUUUAAUUUUACUCUGCUUUAAUUAAUUGUUCAUUUAUGUAAAAAGUUUUUUUUCUUGUUUUUUUUUCUAAAUUAUGCUAGCAUUGUAACUUCACUGGCCGUCCCUUGACUUCUUGUUUUAGCUGUCAUGACUCCCCCCUUUUUUGUUGUAAGUUUACCAAAAGCUUUCUCUUUCCCUUUCGCCGUUUAGCCUUUCCUCUCAGCCCCUUUUAGUCGAUAGGCUUUGCUUCAUUUCGCUUCGCCUGUUCCCCUUCUUUUUUAGCCGUAAUGGCUUUCCCCUUCUUAAGCUUUUUUCUUCUUCCCAUUUUAGCCGAAAAGCACUCCCUCCUCUUUUAGCCGCUUGGCUUUUUUUUUUUUUUUUUUUUUUUUUUUUUUUUUGAGGGCAUUUUGCUCGGCUGACGUGCUUUACCUUGUUUUUAGCCUAUUGGCUUUCGCCCACUUUGGUAGUCAGCACCUGUUUCCUCCUGCCAAAUCCGGAGUGAGAUAACAGAGUGUUUAGAAGCGUGGAUUCAAACCCACUUACUGGCAGCAAUCGUUACAAAACACAGCAGUUGCUUUCAGUAACAGGAGCUGUUAUGAGAGUUUGUUGUUGUUUACGUAUAGUAAGAUAAUAAUCCUGGUAAAUAGAAGUGGAGAGAAAGAACUUUCUGUGGGUUAUCAGUGGUUCUCUGUAUCUCAAUGAGUAUCUCAAUGGCAGUCAUUUUGUUAUUUAUUUAUUUACUUAUUUAUUUUAGAUGAACGAUGUCUUUGAGAUUAUGGAGGAUUACAACCUUAUUCCAGUAGACACAGCUGGUGGUAAGGAGCAAGAGCUUUUUCAAAAGAAUGCUGGAAAUGCGCCUUUCUUUCUACAUUUUAAGUUACUUUGCUGUGUGUGCCCUGACUCCUCGCGUUUUGCGUGCCCUGACGUAUCCUCUGACGACAUGGACAUUUCUAAUGAGUUGGCUUUUCUUUGCACUGAUCGCAAGAAACCUUUUCAACAGUUUAAGGUAACCGGUCUCAUAACCUCUCUUCAUAUGAUGUAUCGUUUUUCUGAUGUCAUGAAGGAAUUUGUCAAGAUCAGAAGACAAUGCAAGUUAAAGCAAGUGAAAGAAAGCUUAGAAGCUAGCAAAGAUAACUGCAUGCCUGGCUGAGCAAAGAGACGUGUUGCUGUUCGUAUUUGCUAGCGCCGAUCUAUUUGGAAAAGUUAUUAUUAGAUAGAGGUCCCAUUGAUUUGCAUUGCCAUCCGCGGUUGGGAUAUAAUAUUAUUCCUUCCAAUGAGUGAAGAAUUUUACUAAAGGAAGGAAGUGCAUGACAUUGAAGGAAAUAAGAUCAGUCAUAUAACAACCCAAGAAUUUAGGAAACGCAAUUUCAUUUCAUUUCUUAGAUGGCUUUCUCAUGACAGACAGUUUCACUUUCGUCCUGAUAAGUAAAUAUGUUUGAAACCAGAAUUUCCUUUAAGCAUUUCAAUUGUAGCUAGUCUUAAGCAAGUAGGGCCUGCAACUGGGUGAUCGAGUGAAUAAGAACGCUUGACGUCCCGACAUAAAUAUCUGGCAGCUGAACGUAUUCGCAAUAAGAUUAACUCAUAUGUAAUGCGAACACGAAUUAGUUUCGGUUAGAUAACACGAGGCAGUUUCUGUUUGAGAGAGCCGCUACAGAGCCAUCUCUACUGACGCAG